UCUCCCCGCUGACCAAUGAGCGCGCCGCUGACAUCUCUGGCCCCUGUGCCUGGCAGCACCGGGCUGUGUACGCGCUGCGAGUGCUCGGAGAAGAGCGGCGGAGAACGGUGGAGAGAGAAGAAGAUGUCGGGGGGAGGGGGGCACCGCAGCUGACACGGGCUGCCUGCCCGGGACCGGAUACAGAUAAAACAGAUGGCGUUCACCUUUUUGGAGUAGAAUUUAUGUGGCAUGCUGUUGUAAAUAAAACCGCAACCGUUCCAUCUGUCUCAUUCUGGGAGGAUUAGUCAUCAAAAUGAUUGGAAAACUAAAGCAAAACUUGCUGCUGGCCUGCCUUGUAAUAAGCUCAGUGACUGUGUUCUACUUAGGUCAGCACGCAAUGGAGUGUCACCAUCGAAUAGAAGAACGCAGCCAGCCUGUCAAAAUGGAAAGCCCCAAAGCAACACUAAGGACUGAGCAAAGAGCAAAUUCUAGUUUUGCUUAUAACAAGGACAUGCCAUUAAUAUUUAUUGGAGGAGUACCUCGCAGUGGGACUACACUAAUGCGUGCCAUGCUUGAUGCCCAUCCGGAGAUUCGAUGUGGAGAAGAGACAAGAGUUAUUCCACGAAUCUUAGCUGUCAAACAGAUGUGGGCACGAUCCAGUAAAGAGAAAAUACGCUUAGAUGAGGCUGGUGUUACGGAUGAAGUCUUGGAUGCAGCCAUGCAGGCUUUUUUACUGGAAAUAAUAGUUAAGCAUGGAGAACCUGCCCCAUACCUGUGUAACAAAGAUCCAUUUGCUUUAAAAUCACUGUCUUAUCUAGCCAAAAUAUUUCCCAAUGCCAAAUUUGUCUUGAUGGUGAGAGAUGGACGUGCUUCAGUUCACUCAAUGAUAUCUAGAAAAGUUACUAUUGCUGGCUUUGAUUUGAAUAGCUAUAGAGACUGCUUAACCAAAUGGAACCGGGCUAUAGAGACUAUGUAUAAUCAGUGCAUUGAAGUUGGCUAUGACCGGUGUAUGAUGGUGCAUUAUGAACAGUUGGUUUUACAUCCAGAACGUUGGAUGAAAACAUUACUUAAAUUCCUCACCAUACCUUGGAAUGAUGCUGUGUUACACCAUGAAGAGAUGAUCGGCAAAGCUGGAGGUGUUUCCCUGUCCAAGGUUGAGCGAUCCACUGAUCAAGUCAUCAAGCCAGUGAAUGUGGAUGCCUUGUCAAAAUGGGUUGGCAAAAUACCACCAGAUGUUUUAAGAGAUAUGCCAGUCAUUUCACCAAUGUUAGCGAAACUAGGCUAUGAUCCUUAUGCCAACCCUCCCAAUUAUGGAAAGCCAGAUCAGAAGGUUAUUGAUAAUACAAGAAGGGUCUAUAAAGGUGAAUUUCAACUUCCGGACUUUCUGAAAGAGAUGCCCCAGCCAAAGAAGACACGGGAAGGAAAUUCCUGAGACUGAAGCAGUAAAGUAGCUGAACUGUACUUGAUCAAGGACUAAAGAAUGGACCCAAGAUGAUAAUUUCCUCACCACAAACAGACUACGAUGUGUGUUGGCUGUGCCCUGACCAGCCUUCGUGUGUACAGCUUUAUAACUGUCUCCACAAGGGCACACAUUCAUCUGUUUUGAUCAAUGGCACUUUCUUACUUGUAGUACUGUAUUUACCAGCUGUAUUAUGUUUUUAAGGAAGACAAAUAAAAAAAACAAAAAUCCUUCUAAAUAACAUCCUGAUUAAUCCUAUCACUGUGUGGCCUCUCAACAUUGCAAUGCUGUGACUUUAAUUUUUUCUGUAACAUAGUGUCGGAUCCAUUUUAGCAAAGUAUAUAUUAGAUGUAUAUACUCUGAUGCUUGGACACACGCAGUUGUUUCUCACCAGCAGUGUAAUUAUGUGUAUUGUAUACAUGUUCAAUUCCAAGAAUCAACAAAAUGUUCUAUAUGUUGUACACUUGUUGGGGUUUAUACUGAAAUGCCUCGGGAUGCAUUUCAAUUCAAGCAUGACAAAUGUAACUGUAUUGUUCUGCCAACCUGGAAAUCCAGUGAAUACUCUCAUUAUACAGUGGUAUCAAAAUGACUCUAAGAAACCAUACAUGCUAUUUGUUUAUCCCAGUUAGAUAAACAGCAAAAAUCCCCAUUUACAAAAACAUUCUGCAAGCAGUCAUUCAGUAAAAAUAAUGAAAAUACAUUUUUUUGCAUGCAGGGUGAACUAUGUAUAUUGUUACAUAUCAACAUUUCAUCGUUGGAAAUAAGUGCGGAUUCAGCAUUUUGUGUGCUCAUAACAUACAUUUUUGUGUUGGAAAUGAUCCAACUGGGUUUAUACUGCACGUUGGAGGCAUAUAUCAGUAGUGUUUCCUCAUCUACACCUCCGAUGUAUGCCACUGUUUGGUCAUACAGUAGCAUUUAUCAUCUAUUGGCCACAAUGCAAUAGAAUUAUUAGUCUAUGGCCCACUGUAUAGGAAAGAGCAGUCUGCUGUGCUUUCCUAUACAGUAAAAAAUUGCUUCAUAAAUGGUAAGGUUAGAUAACUUUUGUGGAUUGGGCCAUGAUUUUGUGUGAGAAGCCCUCCUAACAAUAUCAUUCCAUGAAAAUGGGAAAUUGUAAGUGUUUUUUUUUUUUUAUUAUGCUAUAAAGCGAUCCAGAAAACCAGAAGACCCCAAUGAUAUGGUUGUAAUGAUUGUCAUGGGGAAUUUAUUAAGAUUAACAUGUCCUAUGUUAGUCUUUAUGAAAACUCUGUAAGGUAUGAAGUAACAAAUAUAUAAAUUUGGCAUGUCUGGGGCUGUACAUUCGCCAGACAUUUAAGUCUAUGCCAGCUAUAAUAUAUAUAUAUAUAUAUAUAUGGACCC